AUGAGCACCUCCCCCACCUACACGCAAGAGCUCGAGCUUGCCAGCCUCGCAGUCCAGCGCGCCGCACUACUCACGAAACGCCUCCUCUCCGCCGUUGACAAAGGCUUCCUCGACAAGAGCGACGACACACCGGUGACAAUAGCCGACUUCGCCGCGCAAGCCUCCAUCAUCGCCGCGAUUCACCACACAUUUCCCGACGACGAUAUCGUGGGCGAAGAAGAUGCCACUGCCCUGCGCGCAGACCCGGCCCUCCUUGAACGGGUCUGGGAUCUGGCUACGACGACCCAUCUCGAUGACGAGGACAGCGAGGCUCUUCUCUACAUGCCGGAAACCCGUGAUGAGCUCCUGGAUCUGAUUGAUCUCGGCGCGAAAGGGAAUUGUGGACGCCGUGGGCGCGUCUGGACUUUAGAUCCCGUGGACGGCACAGCCACUUUUAUGACAGGCCAGCAGUACGCUGUGUGCUUGAGUCUUGUGGUGGAUGGAUGUCAAAAGAUCGGCGUGCUGGGGUGUCCGAAUCUCCUACCGGGAGUGGACCGCGUGGCAGAGGAUGUUAUCGACCGAGAUGGCUACGGACUGCUUCUACACGCCGUCGCAGGCCAGGGCGCGUUCAUCCGCCCGAUGGGUCGCGGUGCUCUUCUCCCGGCACAGCCCCUCGCCCAGAUCCCUCAGAUCACAGAGACUAAGGACCUGCAAUUCGUUGAUACCCAGGCAUCGACAUCGCCAAACCUUGACGUGCACGCCCGCGCCGCAGCACACCUCGGGGCUACCUGGCCCAACAAUGUGGAUCUGUGGUCCGCGCAGAUGCGGUACGUGUCUAUCGCCGUGCAGGGCGGGUGCAAUGCGUUUAUCAAAGUGCCGCGCAACGCUAGCUAUCGAUCCAAGAUCUGGGACCACGCCGGCGGGAUGCUCAUCGUCGAGGAGCUGGGGUGUACCGUUACGGACCUAGAGGGCCGUCCUGUGGACUGUGGCUUGGGCCGCACGCUGGCAGACUGCUACGGUAUGGUCGUGGCGCCGGCGUCGGUUCAUGCGCGGGUGGUGGAUGCCGUGCGCGAGGCGCGGCAGAUGCUUGUAGAUGGGUGA